GAUGUCAGGCGCGGGGAGGGCCGGCCGGCAGCCGGCAGAGCCGGAGCGGAGCCGCGGGGCAGCGGCGCUGGGGCUGCGGGCACCGAGCGGCAGAGACAGCCCUGAGCCGCGCCCGCCACGGACAGAACAACAAACUCGGGCGCGCUAAAAGUUAGGAGACCUUUCCCUCCCCGGUGUUUUUCCCCGCGUGGGAAGAAGCGGCGCGGAUCGAGGAGCGGCGGAGCGGAGCGCCCCGAGUUCGGCGCAGCUGCGCCCCCCGGGAUGCGCUGAGCCCCGCGGAGCGGGAGCUGCUCCUGGUGUUCUACAUGAAUACUCAUUAGUCCUUCUGGAGAUGGACUUGCUGUCUGGAACCUACCUCUUGGCAGUCUUAUUAGCCUGUAUUGUAUUUCAAUCUGGCGCACAGGAGAAGAAUUAUACCGUGCGGGAAGAACUGCCUGAAAAUGUCCUCAUUGGCAAUUUGCUCAAGGAUCUUAACCUAACACUGGACCCAGAUGUGCCCCUUUCCUCACCGCUACAGUUCAAGCUUGUGUAUAAGACUGGGGAUGUACCAUUAGUACGGGUGGAGGAGAACACUGGUGAGAUAUUCACAACUGCAAACCGCAUAGACCGAGAGAAGCUCUGCUCUGGCAUCUUCAGCGAGAAUCGCUGCUUUUAUGAGGUGGAGGUUGCUGUUUUGCCUGAUGAAGUUUUCAGACUAGUCAAGAUCAGAUUCCUAAUAGAGGAUAUAAAUGAUAAUGCCCCCCUCUUCCCCUCAACAGUUAUUAACAUCUCUAUUCCUGAAAACACAGCAAUUAAUUCUCGCUAUUCUGUCCCAUCUGCCAUUGAUCCAGACAUUGGUGUGAAUGGUAUUCAACACUAUGAACUCCUUAAGCCCAAAACAGCUCCGAAAAGGACGUUUGGAUCCAUUACAAAUGAUCAGGGUCAAAAUGUCUUUGGUCUUGAUAUAAUUGAGACACCUGAGGGAGAUAAGUGGCCUCAACUGAUUGUCCAACAGAUUCUGGAUAGGGAGCAGAAGGAUACGUAUGUGAUGAAAAUUAAAGUUGAAGAUGGUGGAAACCCUCCACGAUCUAGCACUGCCAUCCUGCAAGUCACAGUGACUGAUGUGAAUGAUAAUCGGCCAGUCUUCAAAGAGAAUGACAUUGAAGUUAGUGUUCCAGAAAAUGCUCCAGUGGGCACCUCCGUUUCUCAGCUCCAUGCCACUGAUGCGGACCUGGGCUCAAAUGCACAAAUCCACUUCUAUUUCAGCAAUCAGAUCUCCGGUUUGGCUAAACGGCUGUUUGCCAUUGAUAACGCCACUGGCCUCAUCACUAUCAGAGAACCACUAGACCGGGAGGAAUCUCCUGUUCACAAAUUAACUGUUUUGGCAAGCGAUGGCAGUUCAACUCCAUCGAGAGCAACAGUGACUGUGAAUGUCACAGACAUUAAUGACAACGUCCCAUCGAUAGACACGAGAUACAUCAUCAAUCCGGUGAACGGGACAGUGCUUUUGUCUGAGAAGGCUCCCCUUAAUACAAAAAUUGCGUUGAUAACAGUAAUGGACAAGGAUGCUGAUCUCAAUGGGAAAGUUACUUGUUUUACAGAUCAUGAUGUCCCUUUUAGGCUAAAGCCAGUGUUUGAUAAUCAGUUUCUUCUGGAGACAGCCACGUUUCUAGAUUAUGAAGCCACACGGGAGUAUGCCAUUAAAAUAGUGGCUUCGGAUUCGGGGAAACCUCCCUUAAACCAGUCUGCGAUGCUCCUGAUCAAAAUUAAAGAUGAAAAUGACAAUGCCCCAGUUUUCACACAGCCUAUCAUAGGUCUUUCCAUCCCUGAAAACAAUGCUCCUGGUACUCAGCUAACCAAGAUAAGCGCUACGGAUGCUGACAGUGGGCGCAAUGCUGAGAUCAGCUAUAUCCUGGGUUCUGAUGCACCCCCUAUUUUCAACCUUGACCGCCGUACAGGCAUUCUGACAGCAGUGAGAAAGCUAGACAGAGAAAAGCAAGACAGGUACUCCUUCACUGUGCUGGCCAAGGAUAAUGGGAUGCCACCCUUGCAGACCAAUGCUACUGUGACGGUGUCUGUCCUGGACCAGAAUGAUAACAGCCCUGCUUUCACACAUAACGAAUACAAUUUCUAUGUGCCAGAAAACUUACCCAUGUAUGGCACAGUUGGGCUUAUCACGGUUACAGAUGCUGAUUCAGGAGAGAAUGCUGCUGUCACUCUCUCUAUAUUAAAUGGUAGAGAUAAUUUUAUUAUAGAUCCACUUACUGGUGUGAUAAGACCGAAUAUCACCUUUGAUAGGGAACAACAGGGGUCAUAUACUUUCCAGGUGAAGGCUGUGGAUGGAGGAAGAGUGCAGCGUUCCUCAACUGCCAAAGUGACCAUCAAUGUUGUUGAUGUAAAUGACAACAGGCCGGUUUUUGUUAUUCCUUCAUCUAAUUAUUCGUAUGAGUUGGUUCCAACAUCAACCAGUCCAGGGGCUGUAGUUACUAAAGUCUUUGCAGUUGAUAAUGACACAGGGAUGAAUGCAGAACUCCGCUAUAGCAUCAUAGGUGGGAACUCGAGGGGCUUAUUUACAAUUGACCAAUUAACAGGCAAUAUUACUUUGAAAGAGAAGGUAAUUACUUCAGAUCAUGGCUUGCACAGACUGGUGAUAAAAGUCAAUGACCUAGGACAGCCGGAGUCUCUUUAUACUAUAGCUCUUGUGCAUUUGUUUGUGAAUGAGACAGUCACCAACAGUUCCUACAUACAAGAGCUGGUGCGCAGGAAUAUGGAAACUCCAGUUGGCCAGAAUAUUGGGGAUGGUGACAUAACCCCACAAACCAAUGAUUAUGUCAAGAUCAUCAUUGCCAUUAUUGCAGGCACCAUGACAGUUAUUCUGGUAAUUUUUGUUACUGCUUUAGUACGGUGCCGCCAGACGCCCAGGCACAAGGUUGUCCAAAAGAACAAGCAGAGUGGUGAAUGGGUUUCCCCAAAUCAAGAAAAUAGGCAGAUCAAGAAAAAGAAGAAGAAGAAGAAGCGCUCGCCAAAAAGUCUCCUCCUCAAUUUUGUGACUAUUGAAGAAUCUAAGCCUGAUGAUCCUGGCCAUGAGCACAUAAAUGGCACUUUAGACAUUCCUGUAGAGCUAGAAGAACAGACUAUGGGAAAAUACAACUGGGCCACCACACCAACCACAUUUAAGCCUGACAGCCCAGAUUUAGCAAAGCACUACAAGUCUGCUUCUCCGCAGCCUACCUUUCAAAUUAAACCUGAGACUCCUGUACCCCCCAAGAAGCACCAUGUCAUUCAGGAACUGCCUCUAGAUAAUACCUUUGUGGUGGGCUGUGACUCACUCUCCAAGUGCUCAUCAAGCAGCUCGGACCCUUACAGUGUUUCUGAAUGCAGCUGUCAAGGAGGCUUCAAGACCCCAGGCCCCAUACACACCAGACAGAAAAAAACUGAAAUUCACAUCUGGAGAAAAGAAUUCUAACUGAAGGAUAAGUGAAAGUCUGCAACUCAAAAGUUACUCUGAACGUCAUCGCAUCUGAUGUUAUGUACUGAAGUCGUACGUGUACACAAUGAUGUUAAGCCAGCAAACAUGAAAACAAGGAAAUAGCACGAGAAAGCCCUUUGUCCUGUCUCUGAUUGCCGAAGAAAUAUAUCGUCUGAUCUCCAGAGGGGUUUGGAAGUGACGAUGAACUGUUCAAGCUGCCCUACUGAAAGGUAUCAAGGGCAAGAAUUUUUUAAAAAAGAAAAGACAAAGAAAUUUUAGUACAUUGUGCUAUAGUGUUCUAUAACGUAGUUUUGCUAAGAAAAAAGUAAUGUGACCCAUCCUUCACAGUUGGCGAUUAUGGUAAAUCUAUUUUGCUUGUAAUCAUCUUCUUGUCCCAGAUUUUUUCCUUAUUUAUUUUAGUUGAACAAUUAGGAUUAUUGUUUCUAUAGAUAUAUUAAAAGGGAGCAAUAAAUUUUAUUCAUACAUUAAAAAGAGAAUGUAAAGUUCUUUAUACUCCCUGCAUUUAAAAGAAAAACAAGUGAAUUGUUGUCACUUAUAGCACCAUUAUACAUGUUAAGAAUUAAAUGUUAUUUAUAUCUAUUCCAUAAUAUUUUUAAUGAUGUUAUUGCUGCUAUGGAUCAUAAAUAGAAUUGAUCAAUUCACUGCUUUCUCAUUUUAUCGGCACAGUAGUAGUAGUGAAAAAUGAGUACUUCCUGCUUUUUUAUUCACAGCAUUUUGUAAUAAAAGAUCACCUCUUAAAUAACUGGAAAGCAUUGACUUAACUUUCAAAAAUAAAAUUUAAUUUGCGUUUUGCUUGCUGAAAUCUAGAUAAUGUCUGUGUAACAGGUGCCAUACAUUUAACCUUUUGAAGUACUUUUAUUUAAAAGAAAGAAAAGUCCAGUGGCUUGCUUUUCAGUGUGAUAAAAUAGGAAACAGCAUACAUACUAUUUUUGCUGUUAGCCAGCACAUUGAGGGAAAAACCAGCCUACUGGUGUUUUUUUAUCCCCAAUUAUUUUUCUGUGUAGUUAACUGUUUUUUUAAUUGAAAUUUUUUCAUUAUAAUUUGUUAUUUAGUGCGGGUCAGUUAAAAAGUAAAAUUUGACUACCAUAGCUUCAUUCGCAGGUUGGUUGCAAAUUCUUGUAUAUUGCUUCACAUUUUAGGGAAUAAUGCUUAAUAUGUAUCAUCUAAAAUAUUAGAAUUUCAUAUGCAAUGCAAAAUCUCUUAGGAAGCAAAGGAGUAUAAAGAACCCUGUUUUCUGCACUUAUAUGAAGACAUGUAAUAUUAGUUUGCUAGAAUAAAAUGAAAUACAGACACUGCUUUUAACUGGGAUGUAUACGGUAUAUAUAACUUUCUUUUAAAGAAAAAGUUAUUAACGAUUCAUUAAUUAGACUACGACAUGGAAUUCUUACACAUUACUGUAUGUUUGAUGUAAAGAUAUUUAUAGGCUUGUACUUGAUACUCACAUUGCCUCAGUUUUUGGACUGCAGAAUGUCUGCCAUGACUGUUGCCUAUAGUUUCCUCCACAUUUGCUAUCUGGCUCUUUUAAAAAUGUGUAUUUGGCUAUUUGAUCUGUAAAAUAAAUUCUAUUAAUAAUGAAGUACGUAUUGUAAUUUAGCAUAUUGUAUUGAAUUAUGAUAUCUAUGAGUGUUGCAGAAAGUCUUUCAUUUCCAAUAAUGAAAUAAUUUUCUUGGGAAGAAGUUUAUGUAUCUGUGAGACAGUUUUGCUACUCCAGUUUGUCAUACCCUUACAGCAUUUAUGCUUCGAACUGAAGAACCAACACUUUCAGCGGGCAGGCAUACAGUAACGAUAUCUAUGGACUCCACGCCACAACUCAGCCGCUUGCUUUGGGUUGAAAGUUCAUUCCUAAUGUAGUAAGGAAUUUAUUGAAGAAGUGUGGUUUAGUGUAACAAAGAUAGGUCCUGCCUGUUGUUGUUGGAAUUGUUGACCUAAAUGCUCUGUAGGUGGAUAAUGGGAAGCAUUCAGAGAUAUUUGUAAAGAGUGAUAAGCCUUUGAAUCAUAGAAUCAUAGAAUAGUUUGGUUUGUCUGAAAGAUGAGUGGGUUUACACAAACUUUCAGUUUCUGUUUUUUUCUUUGGUUUUUGAAUCUUUGGAUUUCUGUUCUUAUCGUAAUUAGGUUGGAUUUCCUUGAUGAGAAAACUCAUAUACAUAAAAUUAAUGCUUGACUAAGAAAACCACCAAAUGUUUACAUCAGUUAUUUUUAAAACAAGGGAAAGUAAGUUGAGAUACUGGACUAUGUUAAUCUAUUCUAACUUCAAGCAUGUAACUUGUUCAUCUUAAGUGAAUAUACAGUUGUCCUUAUUUUAUUCUUUGAUAGUGAAAAAACAUAGAUGCACCAUAGCAGGUUUUUUUGAUUUGAGGACUGCAUGCCCUCUAGAAGUGCCUACUUUCUUGCACUAAGUGUGCAGAGAACUAUGAUAAGAACCUUUCUAAUUCAAUUGUGCUGGUUACGUGGUUGCAGAUAAACAUAUUUUCCUUGAGAUACCUAGUUCUUUUGCUUUUAGCCUAGUUAAAGGUCUAGCUUUUUCCUAAUAUUUCAGAGGUCCGAGGAUUCUAACCUAUGAAUAAAUAAUUCUGGAGGAAUCUAGAAUGAUUUGAAACUUUUUAAAAUAGUUAUAUAAAGUGGUUGGAUUAUUGGCCCAAAUGUGUAAUCUGUGUCUUCUAGUUCUCUCGUGAGUCAGAACAGCUGAAUAUAAUAACCCUCCAAAUGCACUAAGGGAAAAGCCAGCAAUCUCUUAAGAGGUUCAGUUUUGUGUGUAUCCUCUGUUGCAAUUUUUGUUUUCUUAAGAAGGCAGAGUAAAUUAAGAGCAAAUGUCUGAGUUGACCAAAUACUGCAUUUGAACUUGAAAACUCAUUAUUUUUGAAUUUCAAUCGUAUGUUCUAAGUUAUUUUAUUGUGCUUUAGACUGUAGUUAUUAUCUCACCAUCAUCUCGGUAAACUCAAGAGAUUCAUCGUUUAUCAGGUGCCUGUUGCCACGCCUGUCAUCAGCGCAGAUCGUAGAAUCAUAGAAUGGUUCUGGUUGGAAGGCACCAUAAAGGUCAUCCAGUCCAACCCCCCUGCAGUGAACAGGGGCACCUUCUGCUGAAUAGUGGGCCUAUAUCUAUAGGUAAAGUCCUAGAGUUUGGUUUUGGUCAUUUACGGUGCUAUGUGUGGCUUAGCAAAAAGAACAGUUCUUUAUUUGUUGCCAGAGUAAAUUAAUUGCAUCACUGCUUUUAUCCCUACAAUGCCAGCAGCCAAAGAUGGUCAGAUUUGCAAUUCUGCAUCCUGUUUCCUAUUGUCACUGCCUGGAUUUCAUAUGGAUGUGUGUCUACCAAAGCUCAGUGCCACUCGAUCUCAAAAAUGCGCUGAUAUCAAGGGAAUCACUCCAAGGAAAGGCUGUGGCAUGCAGUCUCCAGUUUGUAUCAGCAAAUAGAUUGGACAUCAAGUAUAUCUUUAGUUCCUUCUGAAUUUAAUGGAUUGGAGGACUGCUGAAGGGCGGUAGGGUGCUGUCAGACACAAAGCUGGUUUGCAAUAUAAACAGAAUUAUUUUUUUAACAUAAGGCGUGAUGUUGUGGUGUUUUGUUACACAUUUUCAGCGAUUUCCCAUUUUACCAUAAAACAUACAUUUAUGGUAUAUUCUGGUCUUAAGUAUUAUUUGUAAAGUCUUUUUAACAGAUAUUUUUAAAUACAUAUUUUUGCUUUUGUAUUGAAUUACUGAGCACUGUUCCUUUUUACGUCUUAUUUAUCUAUUUCUAAAAUAAAUUUUGUUUGAAGAUUCUAUUUGUAGACCUUCUGGAAAACCACUCUUUAAAGCACACUAAAAGCACUCUAUUAAGCACACUACUGAAUCUAUACAUAAACUGAUAUUUUUUUUACAGUUGUUAGGAGCUUUAGAUAUUAAAAAAACCUUUGCCAUGCAUACAGUACCAUAAAGCUUACUAGUAGUCUAGAGAGAGAUAUUCCUCUUUCAAAACCUGAGGCUUCUUAGCAGUACCUUUCUUUUGUCCGCAUUUUCUUCAAAGAAAUCUGGACUAAGCAGGAAUUCCAGGAGUUGUGCAUCUUCUAAUGGUGUUUAGGUGUACGUGUGAGUGUUUAUACAGUGUUUAGAACUAGAGAGAGGGAGAGAGAUAGUGCUUACCAUGGCUGGAUGUAUUUUUUGUGCAUGUUUAUAUAAAGAAAGAGCAUGCGAGUGUAUAUAGGCAUUUAUCACAUAUUUAAUUAGAAAGGUUUAUAGGCAGUAUAUGUAUCACACAGAAUAUAACUGUAGUUAUAUGCCUAUCUCAAUACCCAGUGGAUCUUGCUAAUCAUUUAGGUUGGAAGAGACCUGCAAGAUCAUUGAGCCCAACCGUUAACUAGCACUGCCAAGCCCACCCCUAAACCAUGUCCCUGAAAGGUAGCCAGGCACUAAGGUUUUCACUUUCCCGCAUUAUUUUUAAAUCUGAAAAGGUCACUGUUCUCUUCUUAGAGUGUACUGGGUUCUCGCUGUAUUAGAAAGUGACUCUUGAUAACACAGAGAUUAGUUCUUUUUCUUUCACUAUUUCACUUUUACUCAUUCUAAUACUGUUUCUCACUACUCUAAAAUACUAUUUUUUGUCAUAUAUACUAAUUGUUUUGUCUUGGCACUGAAAAUGAUGCCUCUGUAUUACCUCCAAAUUGUGAACCUCUGCUUAUUUUAUAAGUAGACGCAUGUAAAUCAAAUUCAGUUAUUUAUAUUCAUACAGAUGGAUAUUAAGUGAGUUAUUAGCAAUUUUUCAGUGGUACUACUGACUUUAAAUAAGUCUUUUAAAUAAGUUUUAUUCAUUUGUAUUUAGUAAGUUUUUCAUUUUUAUGGAAGGUGUUCAUUAAAGCUCAAGUAACUGAUUUCCAAUAAAAAAACGAAUCAUGAUAUAAAGGCAUGAGGUUUGAUCUCCCAUCACUGAAUUGCAGUUAAAAAUAUUGAGUCUGAAUUCUGGUCCAUUUUCUCAGCACAGUUUUCAUCCUUUCUCUGCUAAGAGAAUGUGUCCGUGCUUGUCAGAUGGAUGAUCUGCCCUUUGCUCAUGUUCCCUGUUUCCUUCUGGGCUGUGAUGUUUGUCUUUGUUCUCAAUAUGAUCACCAGAGUCUGACAUGAAAUUUGAAUCUAAGGCCUUUCCUCAAAGGAUCUCCUCCUUUUUAUUAUCUAGGUGGUACAAAAACUUCCCUUUUAUCUAUGCGCAUCAGUAGCAAACAAGUUCGAGGCGUAUACACAGUGGCAGUAAUAUGGAUCUGAAAGACUCCAA